AUGGUGGGCUUGUUGCCGCUCGAGUCCUUCACUGUGUACCCGCUGAGGUCAGCCGGAGGACCGGGGGAUCCACCGGAGGAUACCGCUGAACUUAAGCUCCAGCAAAAUGGUGAUGAGGAUAAGAGAGUUGCCAAGUCAUGGAUAAAGCGCCACAAUGACACAUGAGACCCUCGCGAGCUCCCAGCUGUCCGUCAAGGCAGCUGCCCUGCGCAUGGUGGACCUACCGCUGUCCGUGUGCGGCUCUCUGGCACAGGUGAGUGUCAGCACGGGCACCAAGAAGCUGGUGGCAGCGACAGCCUUUGGUGCCGUCUCGCUCCUCUUCCUCGCUCGCCGCUUCCAGAGGAGGAAGGGCAGAAAGAAGGCUCACUCUCCUCAGUGGGAGCCGGCUGGCUUUGAGUUUGCCUCGCCGCCAGAGAACGAUAACACCAGUCAAAACAUCACUCUCUCCCUUAACUCCAAGAGCGGCUACUCCUCCAGUCUGCUCCUGAAUGCAGGCGACUACAGAAAACUGUCGGGCUCUCUGCUGAGCCUGGCCUCGGUAAAAAGCAUGAACUCAUCCAGCAGCAGCACCUGUGCUAAUAAUUCCACCUGCUGGGACAGAGCAGGGGACGCUGAUAUCUGCAGCGUGGUCAAUUUACCGGUCACCACGCCUGAAAACCUGUACCUCAUGGGUAUGGAUUUGUUCGAAGAGGCUCUCCGGCGGUGGGAGGAAGCGUUGACAUUCAGGAGCAGGCAGGGCGAGGACGAUGUCAGCUGUGCAUCCGUCAAAACGGGAGCUGGAGACGCCAUCGCGGAGCAGGGCAUGGAGGACGUCAUCAGUGCAGAGUUCAUCCACAGGCUGAAGGCUCUGUUGCAGAGGGCUUACAGCCUCCAGGAGGAGUUUGAGGGAGUGCUGUGCAUGUCGGAGCCCUCGUCCCACAGCAACAGCCAGGAUAAAAUGGCCGACAUUUUGGCCAGGGACGAUCUGGACGACGCCUGUCUGAGAGACAGCAUCAGCAUCGCCUCCACAGACUCGUUUGUGUCGGCUGCUGAGCUGACGGAGCACAGGGAGCUGAGGAGCGUCUUCGCUCUGGGUCAUCACCUUUUCUACGAGGAGGCGCUGCAGAUGGCUGAAGAUGGCAAGAUCUCCUGCAGGGUGCUGCGGACUGAGAUGCUGGAAUGUCUCGGAGACAUUGAUUUCCUGGCCAAGUUGCACUGUGUGCGUCAGGCAUGUCAGCUCAUUUUAUGUGAUAGAACAACUCGGAUGUUUCUGGCCGACACAGGGAAGAAAAUACUGUCUUCCAUUAUUGUUAAAGCACAGAAGAGCCCAAAGAGAUUCGAGGAAGUGUUUGAGGAGAUGAUUUCCUUCCUGGAGCACACAGAGCACUGGGAAAACACAGAGGUGGAGCUGGCCACACGAGGGGUUAAACACUUUAACUUCUAUGACAUAGUCCUGGACUUCAUCCUGAUGGACUCGUUCGAGGACCUGGAGAAUCCACCGAUCUCCAUCCAGAACGUGAUCAACAACCGCUGGCUCAACAGCUCCUUCAAGGAGACCGCGGUGGCGUCCAGCUGUUGGUCCGUGAUGAAGCAGAAGAGACAACACAUGAAGGUGUCUGACGGCUUCAUCGCUCAUUUCUACGCCGUGUGUGAACAGAUCAGCCCCGUCCUGGCCUGGGGCUUCCUGGGGCCCAAGAGCUCCCUGCAUGACUUGUGCUGCUUCUUCAAGGACCAGGUGCUGUACUUCCUGAAGGACAUUUUUGACCUGGACAAAGUGCGUUACUGUUCUGUGGAGACUCUGGCGGAGGACAUGCUCCACCUGCUGCACCGGCGCUCUGAACUCUUGCUGGCCUACCUGGGAGCCGACUCGCUGCGCCACGGCAACAGCUGCAGCUCGCCGCAGGUGCAGCUGGUGCCCAGCGCCCUGCUGGAGGCUCGGGUGCAGUGAGGGACGGGGAGCCGUCAGACAUUGAAACACUACACACACGUGCGCGGAAAUCUCAGCAUUUACUCUCGGGUGAGUUCACACAGUGUCGGACUCCCUUCUGUUGCACAAAGAAACUUCAAUGUAAAACAGUAUUUCACAUCACACCUCCCAUCAUGCUUUGUGCCCUCAUUGCUCCGUACCCGAGGAUAAACCGUUCCAGCUGUCUUGCCUUCACUAUCUCCAGUGUGGCCUCCUCCUUCCCUCCCUUCCCACUGUGCCAUGGCAGUGCACGUUAGUUUUAAAUCACCAUAGCAAUAAUAUUUGUAAUUUAAACUUGCUGUGAGACAUUUUGCAAUAGAUGUUGCGCCGUGUAAAUUCAGGCAGAUUUAUUGCCGUUAUGAGCAAUUUGUGUGGAGCAAAAAAGGGUAUUUUACAGUAUUUAUUUUGCUAUAGAGUUAAACGAUGCAGGAUUUAUUUUUUAGAAGUCAUAGUUGUGCCUGUAUGCAUCAAUGGAUUUGUGGUCAGCUUCAAACAUACAGUAGUAUAAAUACAUAUAUGUUGUAUAAUAAACUUUAUCAGAUAGAUUUAUUAGAGCCUAUUGAGCAUCGAUAAUGCAAAAAUGUACUGUGUUUUUGUUACGAGCUUGUUGCAGGGAUGUUAUUUAACAGAUGGACUCAGUUUGAUUAAAAUGUCUUUACAUUUAGUGAUUUUAAAAGCAGUUUUUUUUUUUAUCACCGGGACUCACAAACUUACAUGCAAUUUAUUUAAAUAUAUGAAGUCAGCUCAUGCAGAGGCCACAAGGCCCUUAAUCCCCUCAUACAGUCAGCUACAGGAAAUAAGAUUAGACAUCACUAUUACAUAAUUCUGCAGCUGUGCAGCAACACUUUUUCAUGACGGGCAGACACGCGAGAAGCCUUAUCAAAUCAAUGCACAUAUUCAAGCCUUGUCUUCAUCACUGAAUGUCAGUCUUAAGAAUACUACAGUAUAUAACCGUCUGCUCUGCUGAUCAGUCACUGCCGUGUACAGAACAUGCACAACAUAAAGCUUUGAGCAGAAGAGUUACUGCAGGAGAAAACCUGCGUUAAUGCUCUGUGAACACUAGAUACAUAUUAACACGGUUGGUUGGUCAUUUGCAGGAGUUUCCUCUUUAAAGGAAAGGUUUGUGUAUUUUCAGGUCCAUCUACAGACGAAACACACAUGCUAAUAUACACUUUUUAUAAGAGUCAGUGUAUCAUCUAAUAUCAAUUCAUCUUCCAGUCUUUUCAGUGCUUGGUAAUUGAGUGUAUAUAUUUAUAGACAAAAUAUUAAAAUGUCUAUUGUGUUGAUCUUUUUGUAUCAA